AGGCAUUGUCCUUAUUGGUCCUUGGUGUCCUUAUCGUGGUUUUUAUGGUUCGUGGUUUCAAGUUUCAAGUGUAGCAAAAAUCCGAGUGUACCGCGCGCGUUGAAAUUAUUUUGAUAUAAAUCAUGGGUAAGGGUCAUAGGCAUUUAAAACAUUUAAAGUCUGAAAAAGCAAAAGUGAAAUUGAAAGCGAAGAAAACAAAGCAAUUACCGAAAGGACUGAACGUUACGGAUACAACGUUUAAGGUUAAGAAAAUUAUAAUACGCGAACAGUUAAAACAACGCGAUGACACAGAAAUUCUUAGCAAAAGGAAGCUUAACGUUAAGGAGUUGCUUUCACGUCUUCAACAUCAUAAUUCAACGGUUAGACAGGAAGCCAUAAGGGAACUGAAAGAAAUUUUAUCAAAACAUUCUUUGGACUUGUUAAAUUUACAGUUUGGAUCUCUGUUGCAAGGCAUUUGUGCAUUGUCGCUUGACAAAGAGAGAAGCAUAAGGCACGACUCCUUCAAAGUUUUAAGUUUGAUACUUUCUCCAAUAUCCAACGAUCAACUGAAUCCAUAUUCCGAUGUUCUGAUUUCAUAUUUGAAGUGUGCCAUGACUCAUAUAGAUCCUCGUAUUAAGGAAGAUGCAUUGGUGUUUUUAGACAUACUUGUGCAAAACUGCAGCAUCAUUUUGGCAGAAAAUAGUAAAAAAGUUCUGCCAAAUUUUUUGGACAUGAUCUCUAGAUUACAUAGCGAAAUGAAGCCUGGAAGGCAGUUGACGACAACAUUAAAUUCAAAAAGUACUAAUGUAAAGUGGAGGAUAAAAGUGUUAGAAAGAUUGGCUGCUAUAUUCGGUUCGAUCGUAAAUUUCUAUAAACUGCAGCAGACUGUUAGCUCGAACAUGACUGCACGGAUUGUGCGUGUAAAUACGAAUACCAAGUAUGUCCCUGUUUACGCGAAUACAUAUUUGAAGGAUUGUAAAAUUGAUUUUGAACAACGGGACAAUUUGAAAGAAAGCUCUGCUGAAAAAACUUUAAACGUAGAGGAGCUUGUGAAAUACGUUGAAACGUUAAUGCCGCUUAUAUUCGAUAGUUGGAUCGAAGUAUGCCCAGAUGAGAAGAACAUGGACAUUUCGUCGCAUUCGAUAACUGCAGAAGCAUUCGAAUUAUUGAAAAGCGCUGUAGAAAUUAUGCAAAUGAUAAUUGAGUGUGUAGACAUAUUAGACAUCGAAUGCGAUGUGAACAUAAAAUAUUGGUUUAAAAAUAAUUUUGAGAACGUUUUUGUAAAAAAAUUUCUCUCAAAAUUUCCGUACAACAAACUUGGAACAUCUGACAGUAUUUUGGCUUCCAUGAGGAACAGAAAACGACAAGAAGAUUUCAUCGUAGACAAAUCGUACGACGAUUGUUUAGCAGAUAAUUUAGGACUUUGUCAAAUUUAUGUGUGGUUUACAGCUGUACACUGUGACGACAAGGCAUUACCUAAAUUAAGUAAAGCUUAUUCUACAUCUGUACUUAAAUACCUAAACGAAAACCUGGAGAACUGGUCGAGCACGCAUAAUAUUGUCUUACCCCAACUGAUGAAGCUACUGAGAACAUUAUUUUUAAAAGCGAGUAAUAUUUGGUACGAACAAAAUCUUGAUCUUAGCGAAACUCUUCAAACGGUUGUAAAUGCAUGCUGUAAUCAAUCGAAACGAGAAAUGGAGUUACAUCUGUUCUCUACCAUUAGCGAUAUAAUGUUGGAUCAUACUUUACACAAACUACACAGGGAACGCGCAUUCAAGGAAUUCAUUUCAACUUUACCCGGUCUUCUUUUAAAGCCCAAGAUACACGAAAAUACGAUACAAACGAUAAAUAAAGUCGUGCUUCGCUACAGAGAUUGGAUUCAAAAAGAACUCGUGAACAAUCAAAAUGACAUUAUAGAGAAUGCUAAGAAAAUUGAAAUCAUUGGCUCGGAAGAUGAAAAACAAUCUCGUCUCAUGAUCUGCAAUUUGUUUUAUUUUUUGGAUGCUCAAAUUUUCUAUUGAAUGGUGAAAUAUCUCGAAGAAACGAUCUCGUGCCUCAUCUGCCUCGUAUCGAUCGAUUAACUAACACGUUCUUGCAUUAGGAAAAUUUCGAAGAAUUUUCUAGCAGAAUGCAAUCGUCAAGAUCAUAAAAUAAUCAUGUUUCAAUAACGAAAACGAAAAGGAUAUAUUACGUUUGUUCGUGUUUAGGUACAAGAAUAAUCAGAAAUCGAUGAGGUAUGUCGUUAUUUCGUGUUUCACGUUCGUUCCGAUCCAUUGUCUCUCUCGUAGUAAAAAUAUUUGUUACCGUUCCAGGAUUAUCGCGAUAAUACUUGUAUACAAAUACUGAGUGUAAUCGUUCCGGUGUCCGAUAUCGAUAAUUGAAAAGAAAAAAGUUCUGACUCGGCAUACCGUCUUAAAAUCUAGUUAUCAUGUUUAUGUUCCGCGGUGAUUCGUCGUUAAUGAACGCGCAAUUAUCGAACCCAUACAAACUUUUGCCGUCCUUACUCGACUCUAUGGCGCGAUGACGCGAUCCCGUGCCAGGUAGAUUCGAGGUCUUUUCGUUAUCGCCGACGUUCAACAAUGUGUAACAAUGUUCCUCUCUGUAGGACACGUUGAUAAUAUUUUCUACACUCGGCGUUAACGGUAAAACGGGUAGAUCCCUGUCGAGGUUCGGCCAACUCGAGUCGUGUUGUAAUUCGUGAUCCACUCUCAGGUACUCUUUCUUCGAUUUCUCAGGCCUGUAGAACUUUGACUUUAAUUUCGUCUCUAUCACGUACUCGAUCAGGAACAUUUCGACGAAAAUGCAAACUACAAAGUUUACCACAGCGAGUGCCAAAAUUAUGAUCUUCCAGUCAUAAGCUGGAGGUACCUGUAGCACGAGCAAAUUCACUAUCCAGCCGGCAGGAUAGACGGUAACGUACGUACAGAUCGUGGUCAGCACGAUAAGAGAAACGAUGAAGGUAAUAUUCGUGUAAAUGGCUUUUCGAUAAGGCUUCCCGCGGGAGAAUAUCACCGCCAUAGUUAUGUAUUGGAACAUGGAGACGCAGAAUACUGAAUAGUUUUCGUAGCACGCGUACGAUUCGCCCGUGUAAACGAACGGAGUAAACCAAGAAAAAGUACGAACCGCGUGAUAAGCCGAAGCCUGAAACAGGGUCAUAAUUAACAUAUGCGCGAUCAGGGAAAAGAUUGUCGUGAAACUUAAAAGACUGGUCAUCGGAGGUUUCUUCACCAGCUUGUCCUCGUACGACCGCGUUUUACCGAAGAACGAGGCGAAGUUAACGACCAGGCAAAUGUCGAUGAACAAGAACUCUAGAUCCGUUAAAUUCGAGUCGAUGGAGUAAAGGAUUAUCACGGAUAGAAACUCCGUCAAGGAAUAGAUCACCAUGAAUUUGAAGAUUCCAAACGAUGUCACCAAGGCGGCGCGACCUUCCCUGAUCACCUUCGGAACGCAAGUAAUGUCGGGUACCUUCGACGUGAACGGACUAGCAACGCUAUACAACAAAGAAAACAAACAAAAGAAAAAUAAGCGUUUGUCGAAGAUUACGUAUAUCGGUGUCGAUAUUGGAACGCGCGGGGUGGCUGCGACUAUCCUUCUCUACGAUCAGGGUCAUUUAAUAAUUGGAACGAAAUAGAAAGCGAGUAGACACGGCAGCGAUUUCACGAUAUAUAUACGAAUCGAUGGAUUACGCGAUCGGGAACGAAAAUUAUCUGUUGGCAACAGAAUUUAGUAAUUUAGCGAUAAAUAAAUUAGGCGUUUCUCCGCAAUCCUCCGUGACAUAGACGCGCGUACGCGACGUACGCGUAUACGUAGGACUCACGCGCGCGCGCGUGUGCGUGUGUGUGUAUGGUGUGUGAAUUUGUAAGGCAUUAGAGUUACGCGCGGCACGUAGCCGUAGCCUUGAAUGGUCGGUUGAACUUGAUUCAACUAACGUCACAACGGAGGAGGGUGCAGCAAAACUCGAUGCCUUUGUUUCUCUCCAGCUCUAUAUACCGACAACGAGUAUUUCGACACAAUUUCAAUACUUGCAGUACUCGUAUGUCACGACAAGGUUUACGUUUAAAAGAUUACCUGGAUUCUGCCUCGGACAAGGAUACACCGACGUGCGCCGCUCGCAAAGCACCGCAGUCGUUCGCACCAUCGCCGCACAUAGCUGGAACGUUUACAAAACGUUAAUGUCGAUUCCUACUCGUCGAAUAAUUGAAAAGCUCGUCGGGAUCGCGUAUGAACGGUUCGGCAACGCAUACCAACGUAAUAACCAAGUUGCAUCAGCUCCAGAACCAAUUGUUGCUUCUGAUCGCUGGACAUCCUAGCGAAUAUCGCACCGCGUACACAAAUUCUCGGCACGAUGUCCGGAUAAUGCUCGCGCAAUAAUUGCCACGAUUGUCCCGUUAACGCGAACCGAUAAUUACGACUACCUAUACUUUGUUCUAUGUCCCGCAACUCCGUAAUCCUCAGUUUCUUGUUAUUGUUGGGAUUCUACGAAGAAAUGGAAAAGUGUUGAAUCGGUGGACGCGUUCAUUUCGCGCUUCAACGUACGUAGCUUAUGUAUAUGCGAUUGAACAAAAUUACCGGUUUAGGGGGCAAUUCUUGAGCAUUAAAAUAAAUCUCUGGCUGCAUCUUGUUUUCUUUCGCAACUAUAGUGACGUCUAUCACAGUCUCUUGCGGCGACAAAAUGCCACAUUCUUUUGCAACGCUCACAGCAGUUUGAAUAUUGUCCCCUGGAAUAACUUGUUUGAUUACGGUGCAUGCAACGGACAACAGACAUUUCAAAUCAGUCAUUUCACUUUCUACUACGACGAUAUAUGUAUGUAUGUAUGUGUAUAUAUAUAUAUAUAUAUAUAUAUAUAUACACACGCGCGUAGAGAAAUGUGUAUUCUACAAUAGUAUAGGAUAAUAAACGAUUGCCGUGGCCUCA